AUGAAAUGUGAAGAGGGCCUCAAACAACAAAUGAGCUUCAAGAGUUGUAUGAAGACGUGCAAGAGUGCGGCUGGGGAUGGCCUGCCUAAAGCGUAUUUUGUUUGUUUGAACCAGUUCGAGCAUUUACUGACGAAUACGAUGAAGUGCACACACGACGCUGUCGGAUCUGGGUGUACUAGUAAUGAAAGCAACGUGUUGAGGCGGCGGAAUUUCACAGUAUUUGAGGAAAUUUUCCAGAAGGACUUCAAAGAGAUCGCCGAGAAAGUCGGCGUUUCCUUCAAGAGACUCACAGAACCAGCUAGAAUUAUGAACCACUGCCUUCUCGGCUGCUUUUAUCCAGCUCAAAAUAUCUGCACAAUGAAAAUGAAAUGCGGUCUAUUCAUGCCAAACGAACUCCGGCUUAUGGACAAUCUUACCAAAUGUGCUCUGCAGAAUGAUGUCUCCAAAGGCAUCAUGAUGGAGAUGGCAACCUGCUUGAGAACUGUGAUGCGUAAAAAGGUAGAGGAGGAGCAAGAGGAGUACACUGAAUGA